AUGAUGCUUCUUCUUUUUCAGGCCAACAUCACUGGCGAAGAACUUUGAGAUUUGUUUAUGAAAGUUUUAGAUUUGGUUUGGAAAGGCAGGGGGUAUAGGCCUAGUUAAUUCAAUUCAGGACACAAGAAUGGCUCUCGAUACACAAACAGUCCUUCGACAUUUUAGUGAAUUAGAGGAAUUGGCUGAAGAUAUUUUAAGCGACAAGCACCAGGUCGUUGAGUUGGACAAGAAACGGAAUAAGAACAGGGAAGCUUUAAGAGCACUAGCAAAAAUGCAACCAAAUGAAAAAUCGAAAAAAGAAAAGAAUGUAUGGGUUUGCUUUGGGAACAUGUUUGUGAAAAUGCCUGUUACAACUACUCAGCAAGUACUCAGUGAUGAUCAAAAGCAGCUUGAUAAAGGUAUUGAAGAACUUAGGAAUGGGUUAAAACCGAAGGUUGCCAGGCUCCGAGAUAUGGAAGGUGAAAAAGAAGCCAAGGGAUUUGAUUUACAGUGUCUUAGUAAAAGUGAUCUGAAAACUGUUUACAGCUGAAAGGAGGAUGGAAAACUUGUCUUGUAGCCAUUUGAAGAAAGCCUGUAAAAAGAGCAAAAACCUUAGCGCAACCAUUACAGAUGGAUGCAGGUGUUUCGCAAGGUUUAAGCCAUGUGACAUAUACUGUUAGGAACUAGAGUAAAUGCAGUUGAUGUCAUAAUGAAAACAUAAUACCAACUAAGUCUUGGUAUGGUUCAGGUCAGCCCCAUGCAGCUAUAUCAUUAACCAUGCCCAUAUACAAGUAAUAGGUUGCCUUUCGUCCCUGCCUCAAAUAUUAGGUAAUUGUAUUAGUAAUUUAAUAUCUAAAUUUAAAUGAUAUAAACUUAAUAUAUGUAGAGGCAAGAGUUGCAGGUUUCCCAUCGAGCCAUACAGAAAAUCCGAAGAAUACGAAAUGGAUUUUUUUUUUUAUCGGAACAUAAAUUGUUAAUUUUACACUCCCUUAAUCUACAGUAUAUUAUUAAUAUGCAGUUGAACUUGCUUAAGUUGAAUCCAAAAUGGCAUUGAAAAAUUGUUCUACUGAGAUUAAACUUCAAAAUUAAGUUUAAGAGUGCAAAUUAACUGUGUACAGUAUCUUGGUGAAUAUUAUCAGCCUAAUUUAGUUUCUUUCUUUUAAUAAUAUCAAAACCAGCAUAAUAUGUAGGUUUUUAUAUAUAUUAUAUUCAAACUUUUAUUCAAAAAUUGUAAAAAGUUAAAGUCCUGCAUGUACAUGUAUAAUAUCUCUACUUCAAACAUAAUUUAACUUUCUAGAAUAAAUUAAUCCAUAGGUUUCGAUUUUAGGUUUUUAUAUACUGUCGCUAAGUGUAAAUUGUAAAUGUAGGAAUGUAUUUAUUCAUUACAUUUUUACAGUUGAAAUUACCUAAGUCGAAUCCAAAAUGGCAUUGAAAAAUAGUUCAACUAUGUCUCAUAUUGGUGGGUGGGGACCUUCUUGGUUGAUUAGAAGACUCAUUGUGAUCCACCAGCAGACAGUCAGCUGUUAUUCUGUUUCUGUGACUCCCAGAUUAUUUUCCCCUUUUGGAGUUUCUGGUUUUUUGGGUUUUUUUUCGGAUUCAGGGCAGUGCUGUCCCCUUUACUUUUCAGCUAGUGGGGUCUUGGUGGUUUCUUCUUGAUCCUAAUACUCCACCCACCUAUAUGAUUCUCUCAAGAAAUGUACAUUUUUAUUAUCUAUUUAUUCAUACUUUUUAUAUUUCUGAAUUGAACAUACUAUUGUUUUUGCCUAUUGGAUCAAUUAACACAAAUUUCAUUUUUACCAUGAUGUUAAGAUGACAAUAAAGGAGUAUCGUAUCGUAAACUGAGAAUUAGCAUAAGAAUGUAGCAGUAAUGUACCAGUAUACUUUAGUAAGGUAAUAUUGUUAAUUGUAAAUAAGGUACCUCACAGCCAUAAUGAAAAACAGCAUUGUAUUUUUUUAUUUGUGCUUUGUGAAUAAAGUUUUACUUCUACUACUACA